AUGCGGAUUCGGGAUGCCCUCAGCCGCCAUGGCCCUCCGGAGGUGGACGAGGAUCCCUGGAAGAGCGCUCCUCAGGCGGAAGGCAUAAACCAAUGGCAGAUCGAUGGGUUGUCCCAGUGGAUCGAAGAGAUCAAGCUGGAGGCCCAUGCAGUUCAGAUCGAAGCGUGGGCCAAAGAGAUGGGGGCCACCACCGUGCAGGAGCCGCUCGGAACGAGCACUCUCUCCCGACCGACCUGGUGGGGACGGCGACCAGACCAGUCGCGUGCCACGAUCGGUCUCUCCGGGAACCAUGAGCUUCUGGAGCAUUGGGAGGCGUUGGCCGCGGCGCUGCCGCUGCGACCGCUGGAAGCACGGAGGUUGCAGAGGGAGGGCCUCAAAUGGCUCGAGCGCCCGCAGUGCCAUGCGCCCGCCAAGGUGGAAGAGACGGGCAAGAGGAUCACCGCCAAGGAGGGGUGUCACACCCGGCUGGCUUUUGCUGUGGCCUUUUCCGAACUGACUCAGAUGCAGGCAGCCAAGCCGGCCGUGCUGGCCAUGCCGGCUGUGCCUGCUGUGCCGGCGGCCCGAAGAGCACGAUUGCGCCAAGGUCUGGUCGUGGGGUCUCGCCGGGGUCGGACCCGAUGCCAGGACGGAGGGUCCAAUGACUUCAGCCACGACAGUGCCGCAGACGGCCUCAUGACCUCGGACGCUCGGACGUUACAGCGCGCGGAGUUCAUCGAAUCCACCGAAAGGACCCAUGCGACGCGCUUGCCGCCCCAUGUCAUCCAGGCGACCCAUGCAGUUCAUGGCUAUGCCGGAAGCACCUGGGAGGGAAACUUCCCACAGAUUCGACGGCAAGUGCCGGCAGCAGAACGAGCACUUCAGACUCGUCGCUUCGGCUGGGCACGGCGGUCAGGCCGAGUAGCUUUGAAUUCCAACGGACGUUACAGAUGGCGGGCCGUAAUCAAGGCCGGCGAACGACACGAGCGUGGCAGGGUGGUGCGGAAACAUACUGUGAGGCUGUCCAGCUUCCAGGGGGUUCUUUGGAUCCUUUGGAUCUACCUCUUCAGGAAAGGGGUGCCUUUCAUUUGCGACCCGUUGGGCAUCUUCAUGGACAGCAGUUGGACGUACUGUGUCUCCAGCCUCGCCACGGAAGGGGACUUCUUCUGUUUCGUCUCCCAGGGUAAAGAUCCGGGCCCAGAGCGAGAGAAGGAACUCCAACCCUUCAUCGUCCAGAUUUUCUCCGCGUUACGGUGGCUGCAUGAACGUUACAUUGCUCACUGUGAUAUCUCCAUGGAGAACAUCCUGGUAACCAAGGAGUCCGAUGGGAGAUACCAGGUGAAGCUGAUCGAUUUUAGCAUGGCUGUGCCAGGGCAAAGGGUCACUUGUGGACAUCGAGGCAAGCCUUCCUAUCAGGCACCAGAAAUGGCUUUGUCCGCCUUUUAUGACUCCUUUGCCCUGGAUUGCUUUGCACUUGGCGUUGUCUUGUUCAGCAGUGCUGCCCGGAUUUAUCCGUGGAUGUCCACUGUGCAAGGCCGUUGCAAGUGCUUUGAUGCUGGGCGAGAAUGA